CCCGGGGAAGCCGGGCCGGGGUUUGAAAGGAAUGCUGCUCAGAUUUCACAGCUAAUGAUCAGUGCUAACUGCUACUGUACAUUUACCCUGUGGAUCUGGAUGUGCUUUGGGCUGCCCCAUGGCCACUGACCCAGCAGAGAGCUCCGGGAGCCACGGGAAGAGGCUGGGGUUGAGCCAGAGUCACAGCAGCUCUGCUUUGGACUAUUCAGGAGACACCUUUGAGUCCUUCAGCGGGGAGGAGGAGAGCGAAACACCUGGAUCCAGGUGUCCCACAGAGGAUUUGGAGGGGGAGUCUGUGUCAGAGGCGUUGCAAAGCUCAUCAUCACUGGCAAGCCAAAGUCCUGUAGAGGAGGAGUCUGAAGCAGUGGAUCCUGCAGCAGUGGAAAGAGCUGCCAUAGGAAAAUGGAUGGAUGCCAUGGGAAAAUGGAUUGAUCUGAAAAAUAAAGACACUGGGAUUGGGCCAGAUCAAUCUGUGAGCAGAACUCCUGCUGGAAUUCCUGCAUUACCCCACGGAGAACUGGAGGCUCUCAGGUCUUUCUGCAGCAGGAGGAUCAGCAGGAUGCGGCAGGAGCAGGCAGAGAGGUGCAGGAAGCUGCAGUGGGGAGUCCCAGCCAGGCAAACUGGGACAGGAGAUUCCUGUGCUGUUCCUGCCCAGCUGAUGAACAGGAUCCUGCUGGAAAACACCAGGGAGGCUGUGAGACAGGUGACAGAAGCUGAAAUCCACGAGGCUUCAACAUGUCCUGACUGCCAGCAGAAGGAAGCAGAGCUGGCCAAGGUUGCCUUUCUCAGGCAAAAAAAGACUCUGCUGGAAGGUGCUUUACUCCAAGAAAAAUUGGAAGAACAGUUUUACUCCAGAGACAUGCUCACACUUCUAGGAGAAGCUCUCAGAAGCUUUCCCAAACCUUCAGAGGAUCCCAGGGACUUGUGGCAAAGGCUGAAGGGUCAGGAAAUGGAGAGCCUGGAUUAACCAUAACUCCAGUAGCUGAAGAACUGGGAGAGCCUCCUGUGGGCAGUCACCUCCAGAAUUCCAAUGAUUUUGGAUCUGAGCUGCUCUGGCAGUGAUGGAUUGGGUGCUGGUUAAUAUUCCUGCAGGUGGAAGCAAAUCUGCCUGGCUGGGGUGUGAGUCAACCCUUUCUCCUUCCUCAAUGCAAAUGUUGCAAUAUAUUGUAAUCCAUCUCCAUAGGUUUCUCAAAUUCCAGAAGCCAACACUUUCCAUUAUUAAUCUGACAAGCCAGAAGUAUUGUUUUUUUUUUGUGGAAUUGCUGUGGGAUUGCAGAGCAGCUCCCAGCUGCUUCCAUCCAUAAGGAAAAUAAAUGAUUCUGUUUGCCAGGGUAGGGAGGUGUAAUUACUGCAUUUCAGCUCAGUCUUUGCCCACUGUCUCAUGGUAAAUUGAAAGUGAGAGCCCCAGGUGGAGGACAAAAAGCAAAGUUAACUAUAGAAAGCAGUAAAAUGAAAUGCAGUAUUUAUGGAAGGGAAAUAUGAGGCUCUAACAGAAAUUAAUCAGCAGGAGUGGGGAUGCCAAUGGGAUGAGAAACGAUAAUAAAUUAAUCAUGGAAUCUAUAUAGGAUAGAGAGAAAAAACCAACAGAUUAAAAGUGGAAUAAGAAUUAUAAGGAAAUACUUUGGAAUUUAUUGUAAUUUUUCAAGAUGACAAAAUCACUGUUGUUCAGAGAUGGAUCUGGGGUUCAGUCCACACCCAAAUAAAAUGGAAUUGUGCUGGGAA